GUUAACUUCUUUCAUGUUUACCUAUAUAAGGAAACCUGUUAGGCUGACCUGAGUUUGGCAGAUCUUUGCGCUGACUGGGAGGCGUGUAAGCACACAGCCUGGAAAGGGGAGUGAUUCGGAGCUGGACAGAGCAAGCUUCCUGAACGCCCCAGCCAUUCAGCUGACCCGAGGCAGCCUGCUCGGAGGACCUCAAGGUUUGUCUCUUCCAGAUCACAACUGAGGAACGGAAACCCCGUCCUGGGAAAAAUGGGGAAGCCGAUAGCUGAUCAGCUUCCUUGGAUUUUGCUGAUGACCCAGGAGAGCUUUGCCUGAAGAUGGAAACACUGGAGUCGGAGCUGACCUGCCCUAUUUGUCUGGAGCUCUUUGAGGACCCUCUCCUACUGCCCUGUGCACACAGCCUCUGCUUCAGCUGCGCCCACCGCAUCCUGGUGUCACACUGCGCCACCAACGAGUCUGUGGAGUCCAUCACCGCCUUCCAGUGCCCCACCUGCCGACAUGUCAUCACGCUCAGCCAGCGAGGUCUAGACGGACUCAAGCGCAACGUCACCCUGCAGAACAUCAUCGACAGGUUCCAGAAAGCCUCCGUAAGCGGGCCCAACUCCCCCAGCGAGACCCGCCGGGAGCGGGCCUUCGACGCCAACACCAUGACCUCCGCCGAGAAAGUUCUCUGCCAGUUCUGUGACCAGGAUCCUGCCCAGGACGCUGUGAAGACCUGUGUCACUUGUGAAGUGUCCUACUGUGAUGAGUGCCUGAAAGCCACUCACCCAAAUAAGAAGCCCUUUACGGGCCAUCGUCUGAUUGAGCCAAUUCCGGACUCACACAUCCGGGGGCUGAUGUGCCUGGAGCACGAGGAUGAGAAGGUGAAUAUGUACUGUGUGACCGAUGACCAGUUAAUCUGUGCCUUGUGUAAACUGGUUGGGCGGCACCGAGAUCAUCAGGUGGCAGCUUUGAGUGAGCGCUAUGACAAAUUGAAGCAAAACUUAGAGAGUAACCUCACCAGCCUUAUCAAGAGGAACACGGAACUAGAGACCCUUUUGGCUAAACUCAUCCAGACCUGUCAGCAUGUGGAGGUCAAUGCAUCACGUCAAGAAGCCAAAUUGAUGGAGGAGUGUGAUCUUCUCAUUGAGAUCAUUCAGCAGAGACGACAGAUUAUUGGAACCAAGAUCAAAGAAGGGAAGGUGAUGAGGCUUCGCAAACUGGCUCAGCAGAUAGCGAACUGCAAGCAGUGCAUCGAGCGGUCGGCCUCCCUCAUCUCCCAGGCGGAGCACUCUCUGAAGGAGAACGAUCACGCGCGCUUCCUGCAGACGGCCAAGAGCAUCACCGAGAGAGUCUCCAUGGCGACUGCAUCCUCCCAGGUCCUAAUUCCUGAAAUCAACCUCAAUGACACAUUUGACACCUUCGCCUUAGAUUUUUCCCGAGAGAAGAAAUUGCUAGAAUGUCUGGAUUACCUUACAGCUCCCAACCCUCCUACAAUUAGAGAAGAGCUCUGCACCGCUUCCUACGACACCAUCACCGUUCACUGGACCUCCGAUGAUGAAUUCAGCGUGGUUUCCUAUGAGCUCCAGUACACCAUAUUCACCGGACAAGCCAAUGUUGUUAGUCUGUGUAACUCGGCCGACAGCUGGAUGAUCGUGCCCAACAUCAAGCAGAACCACUACACAGUCCAUGGUCUGCAGAGUGGCACCAAGUACAUCUUCAUUGUCAAGGCCAUCAACCAGGCGGGUAGCCGCAGCAGUGAGCCUGGGAAGCUGAAGACAAACAGCCAGCCAUUUAAACUGGACCCCAAGUCUGCACAUCGAAAGCUGAAGGUGUCCCACGAUAACUUGACGGUAGAACGUGAUGAGUCAUCCUCUAAAAAGAGCCACACGCCCGAACGCUUCACCAGCCAAGGGAGCUAUGGUGUAGCUGGAAAUGUGUUCAUUGAUAGCGGUCGGCAUUACUGGGAAGUGGUCAUAAGUGGGAGCACAUGGUAUGCCAUUGGCCUUGCUUACAAAUCGGCCCCGAAGCACGAGUGGAUUGGAAAGAACUCUGCUUCCUGGGCGCUGUGCCGCUGUCACAAUAACUGGGUGGUAAGACACAAUAGCAAGGAAACCCCCAUCGAGCCAGCCCCCCACCUCCGGCGCGUCGGCAUCCUGCUGGACUAUGACAAUGGUUCCAUCGCCUUCUACGAUGCUUUGAACUCCAUCCACCUCUACACCUUCGACAUCACCUUCUCGCAGCCUGUGUGCCCCACCUUCACAGUGUGGAACAAGUGCUUGACCAUUAUAACUGGCCUUCCCAUCCCAGACCAUCUGGACUGCACAGAGCAGCUGCCGUGAGCACCUGGCCACGGGGAGCUGCUUUCUGGGUAAUACAAAGGGUCUUGGCCACCAUUUCAGGGACAGAGAAAGCACAGGCUUCCAGAGUGAUUAAAUGUCGCCAAAAAGCGUCCAGAAAUAUCAGCUAGGAUAGGACUUGAAAUAGGCGAUUCUCCCCUUUUACUGUCUUUUGUAUUAAGUACACGCUUUAAUAAUUUCUUCAAAUUUUUCCUGUAUUUGCAGGAAAAUUUAUAGAUUAUUUAUAAAAGAAACAUAACCGGAAUUACAACUCUUAGACAUUAUUUGGUUUUGCACAUUAAGAGGCCCAGAAGUUUACCAGCUCUUUACAACAACCUUUGUGUCAUCACGGUCUGUGGGCUUGAGGAAAAAAAAAUCUUUUAUAGUUUUGUAUGUUUAUUCACCUCCUCACAUCAUCGUAUCUCAUACUGAUCCCAUUGUGGGUCCUGUUGCCUCAACAGUGCGUAACAGAAUAUGCAGUUACCUUAAAAAUAAAAAAUAGUUUCGAACCUAGUAGGGCAACAAACGGGCUUCCUUAGUCUGCUUUAUUUUGAAGUGUUUUCAGUGUGAUGUCAAAACCAUCUUGGAUCAAGAGGGAGAGUGGAAAGAAUUAACUUGGGAAUCUGCCAUGGCCCAAUCUUUAAUCGCCCUCUGAUGGCUGGUGGGGUCACGUUGGACAGAAAGGUUCUGAAGCCUUUGGCCAUGUGUGAUCUCACCCUUCCCAGGAUUCAGGAUUCUGGGAGAACAUUAAGAAUGAGCUUGCCAUUAAAAAUAGUCACUUCGAAUCCUACUGAUGAUUCAAAACGUCAUAGGCUGAUUUGUCUUUGAUCAGCAGUAGGAUUCUUUUUCAUGACCUAAAUGUAUUUCGUUCUUCCUUUUAAUAGUUUCUUUAGGCCUGUGACAUCGCUUACUACAUUUAAUAGCUGUCCUGUCUCUCUUUCCCCCAAAUCAUUCUUCUUUUGUUGCUGGGGGUGAGGAAAUUAACGUUUUCUGUUACAAAUGGUAGUACCACUUUGAACUGACUUUGCUCUCCAGGACAUCAACACAGGGCCCUGACUGUCUCUACCACGUCCAGAUAUGACUCACCCCCAAAUACUUAAUAUUUAUAAGUUGGUAAUGACAAGGGACGUUGCAUAAAGUACUCUUUACUAGUAUAUGUGCCUCAAAAGUUAUAAACAGACUUUUAUUAAACACAUCUCGAAAGAUGUAGAGGUCCCUCUGUAUUCUAGUAUAGUUCACCAUAGAGUUGUAAAACAAAAAACAAAAAAACAAAAAAAGAACAAAACAAAACAAAAAAAAAAAAAACAAAAAAAUCAAACUCACCAUUCCCAUGCUGGAACCCGCUCAUAGAACCUGCUAACAGAAUGUCAGGUGGGAUUCUUGGCCUGCUGAUCUGGUAAAAUGGAAUGGUCCAUGAAGCAAGGCUUUCGUAAGCAGCCCUUGGACUUGGACCGGGAAUCCAGCAUUGGUUCUAUCUUGACGAAGGGUGUGACAUCUAUAACUCAUUUCAUCUACUAAAAUAUUUAUCUGAGCUACUGAGUUGGCCAUUUUGACUGAACGGACUGAUGGAUUUAGGCAUUGUUUUUAGCAAUUUUGUUUUUAACCAAAUCAACGCAUUGUCUCCCUGAGAUCCGUCCAUAGACCCGCUGUUUCAGCACGGCGCUGUGUGAGCCCCAGCCUAGACCCCAUGGGCUGUGUCACGCCUGCUUCUGUCCUCUUCACCCCCAGAAGCUCUCCUUUUUCUUAACAGAUAGAGUUUAUAUAUUUACUAUAUUAUUUAUACCCAGAUGAAUAUUUUGAUAGCUACUUAGGACAGUUCCACAUCUAAAAGAUGGACACCUCAAUGGAAAAAAGUUAAUCAUUCUCUGGAAACUUUUUUUUUUUAACGGUAUAAAAACAACGUGUAUUUGCCUUCCCUGAACAAACUGAAAGGGUUGUAAUUUUUACAUACUGUUUUUGGUAGCUGGAUAACGGAUAUUUUAAUGCACUUUGUACACUAACAGGUUUUAAAUAAAAGGGUCUAAAACUCAGCUUCUGAGUUUUUUAAAAUCAUGGUCGCCAGGUACCAGUAAACGCUACAGUUUGCCUUAUGAUGUUAAUGUAAAGCAUUUACAAGGACAAUAUUUCCAUGAAUAUAAUGUUUUUCAAUACAAAGAAGUUACUACUCGAAUUUUCACUGCAAGCCAUUUAGUUUCUGUUUUGGCUAUUUUUAUAAGGACAAGAGGGAUUAUGUUAUAAUUUGGUUGUGGAAGUCUCACUCUUUGCUAACUUAAAAACCUUGUGGAUAGCAGCAGUUACUAUUUCCAUGUUGUCAUAUUUACAGGAGAAUAUGUAUAUGGUGAAAGGCCACAGUGUUUACCUUCAUUACUGUAACGAUGUAGAAAAGAUUUCCAUGUGGAUUUUUUUUAAGUCUAAAAAAUGCACGCCAUAAACAUUGCUGCAGUACAAUUCUUUUAAGUGGACCUGGGUCACAGUAUUUUGUUUUCGAGGUCCUGACUUCAUAGGAAGCAUUGUGACACAGGGGGAAAAGAGAUGGCAGUGCCAGUUACAUUAAUACAGCCAAACUGAUGUGGCACCAACCAAGGCUGCCAGGUCUGAUGUCGUGGGUGUGUGAAGAGGGCUGUCGCCGCCAUCUUGAAAUUCUGUGUAAUAUUUGAAUGGGGGCCUGCACCUUCGUUUUGCGCUGGGCCCCCAAAAUUCUAUAGCCAGUCCUCAUAACAGAACUCAGAAACAGGGUACCUCUCUUCCUGGUGGAUACAAAUGAAGAAACCUGGAUCCAACGUCAAGAGUGGCUGGCCAUAUAAUUCUAGUAGGAAUCCAAAUGGAUUAAGAGGAGAAUGGCAUGGGUGAAGAUGUUCUUCCCAGCUUGAAAAAAAAGAAAAGAAAAGACUUCAAAAACUGACUGCAAAUGUUGGUGAGGAUGUCUGCUGGAGAAGAGAAAAUGGCCUGAUGGCACAUGCGCUAGUUGAUCGCGGUACUGAGAUAAUUGACCCUAAACUUCCCAAGAACUGAACCAGCGCUAUCCGGUGAACGGGGGAUUCUGUUUUGGCUCCACGCACCUGUGCGGUGCCUGAAGAGAGACACACGUGCACGCUCGCCUACCGGUGCUGUUGGUGUUGGGAAGUUGAUGAUCUGGUCUACCCUUACCAAAUGUUAAAAAGGAGACAAAGACCACGAUGAUGGGGGCAGGAGGAUGUGUUUGAAAUUGUGCUUCUCAGCGAAGGGGCGAUUUGGCAAUGUCUGGGCGAGGGUGCUAUUGGCGUCUAGUGGGUAGAGACCAGGGAUGUUGCUCAACAGCAUCCGGGCAAAAUACCAGUGGUGCUUCGGGGGGGGGAAACUUGAUCUUUGGGGUUCUUCAAAGCAAAACUCUCACAAAUAUGUUUUACUGUUCCUGUCAUUGCUUCAAUGCCCGAGAGCGAAAGAAAAGGGGACACCACUGCAAAACCUUCACUGCAGUGGCUCCUUCACUUUAAAAAAUAUAUAUAUUUACAAAACCAUGGUAAAAGCCUGGAAUCUGGAAAGCAGCCCCAGCCUGUGUCAGUGGGAAUGUGGGGAUUGGCAUCCACGAGGAUGUGGAUGCGAUCGGCUUAGCUGGGAAAUGCCAAGCCGACUCUGUAGGCCGCUCCUUUCACCCCAACACACGCAGCCCCUGGUACUUGCAUCAGGCUGCCACGACCUCGGUCCUGACUGGUCUGGCCAUUGCUGUUGAUUUCUAGUUCAAAAUAAAAUCCUUUUUGUGGUUCCAA